GUGAGUCAGUGAGUGAAUCAGUGAGUGAGUGAGUGAAUCAGUCAGUGAGUGUGAGUGAGUGAGUGAGUGAGUGGUACAGGGGGAGCAGCGGGUACUUGGUCUGUUGUGGAACAAGUUGAGUGAGUUGCUAAAGGGAUUCAGGGAAAGGGAGUCCUGGGGUUAUAAUGUCAUGUUGUUCUUACCCAUAAUGCUACAGGUGUCACACUGGUCACAUGACGAGAUGAGGAGCUGAUCCAGACAUGUCUGAGCAACCCCAGGAUGUCACGUGGGUCGGCUGUGCUUCCUGCUCUCCGGUGCAUUUGAUGCUACAGAGUUCAAGGCCAGGGGAUGUGCCAGGGGAUGUGCCAGCGGAUGUGCCGGUUGAAGUUCCCCCGCUCUUGGCGCCGUCUCUGCUGGAGGCAGACUUUACUUCUCAGCUACAGCAGGUUGUGAUUGGGCUGGCAGAGCAGCAGCAGAGAUGCCCGGCUGCACACAAGGGUCCCUGGCAUCAUGUUGAGCGGAUGGUGCGUGUGAGUCGUCAGAGACAGCAGCUGCUUCUGGUUCGAGACUAUUGUGUGUGUGUGAAGAGAGUGUCGGAUGUCACUCAGUAUUUGGCUGUUGUGCUGGAAAGAGACCCCCUGCCAGACAUGGGGAAGCUGAGCGCUCUCGCUCUAGAGCUGGGGGGUCACUGGCAGCACAGUGUGUCUCUGCACAGGAGACUCCUCAGAGACCUCUGCUCUUCCUCCUCUGCCCAUACUCUGCAUAGGAAACUGAACUUGCUGUUGGCAGAGGCACUGGUGCUGCUGGAGCAGAGUAUUGUGAGUAUGGUGAAGAGCCUGGCACGUGCCCAUAUCCACAGUGCCAGGGAUCUAUUGCAAGUGCUGACUGUCUAUAAUCAGCUGCUGUGUGGCAGAGCCAAGUGGAUUGGCAUGGAGCCUUUCCCUUUGCCCAGAGUGCUGCAGGUGCUGGCACAGGAGAGAGCGUUGGCACUGAGCACUCGCUUCUUGCAGACCUUGGCAUCCAUGGGGCUGGGGGCAGCUCUACACAGUGACAUCCAGACAUGUGACCCGAGUCCUGUGUUCUGUGUCCAGCACCUUUUGCCAGCUCCCUGUGUAUCCCCCUGGGUUCAAGACUUCCGCAAUGCAUUGCUCACCCUAAUUGAGGAGGACAGGAACCAGAUAGAUGCCAUCCUGCAAACUCUAAUCAGUGCUGAACCAAUCACACACAAGCUGGCACAACACAGGGACCCUGGCACAGUUGGUACAGUGCCAGCCUUAUACUCUCACUACUGUGCCCAUCUCUGGCCAGUUUUCUACAGCAACAUGUACCAUGCCUUUUACUCUCAAUUAUCCACAGCUGUGCCAUCUCUGCCAGUCUGCGGGGAUCCUAUGUGUCUGGCUCUGCUCCGAAUCCUGCAUGGCACACUGGCAUCAGUGCAGGUCCCUGAGUUGUGUCGGAAGGAAGGACAGACUCUCUGUGCCCGUCUCAUUUCCAGCUGUUUGUCUAUUGCGUGGGACCGAGUUUUGUGCCAGGCUUUGAGCUCCAUGAUGACAGAUAAGUGUGUGUUACCCUGCCUGAGUCCUGGGACUACCAACUCCUGGAUCCCUCGUAGCCGAACUGCAGGAAUUCUGGUGCAACUCUGUGACCUGCUAUCAUUUGCAUUGAGUAGCACAAGUGCUGGGUCGGAAGUGCUGCCUGGUUGCCCAGAUCGUGUGUUUGGAAGCCGCUGUGUGGCCACCCUGUCUCUAUGUGACACGUGGCUGCGGGCUCGUACCCAGCUGUACCACAGCACCGGAUCCCUCGGCCCAUUACUGCUGGUUACCCACGGAGACCUACCUGUGCUGCAGGCAGAGGCACAGAGACUGUGCUCCCUCAUCACUGAAACUGGCACCCUCACCUCUGCCCCCCGAAACAAGGUGCUUUCCCUGCAAAUCCAGCGGCUCAGAGAGGGCAUUGAGGUCCUCUCGGGCACUCUUCCACACUCCCUGGGCUCUCUCUGCACUCGCCUAGCACAGGACAUGUUUCUGAAUCUGAUGCCCACGGGCAGACACUGGAGAGGGAAAUUCUCAGAAGGUAACCACGUGACCCCCAGUGAAUAUAUUGUCUCCUCAGCCAAUUAUGUGCUGGUACCAAUUGUGGGCGGGGUCUGUGACUUCCCUCAGGAAUGGCAGGUGUCGGCUCUGUCUGCGGCACUCAGGGCGUUUCUAGAGGCUUGGAUGGCGCAUAUCCUGCAGCAACGGCUCAAGUUCAGCCUGCAGGGGGCGCUCCAGCUGAGAUGUGACUUUGAGAGUCUUCGGGGGCUGUUACAAUCUUCAGACUCAGGACUUUCCCCAGAUGUGAUUCAGACCCUCCUGUCCCUCCCUGUGUUUCAGCAGUCGGAUAAUGCAGUGACCUGUCUCCUCCAGCAGCCGACCCGGAAGUCCUAUCUACACUCUUGUGCCUGCCCCCUACUGUUCUGCUGUGCCCCGCUCUGCAGAGUGGCAGUGGAGAACGUGUCUGACAGUUUGCAGAGCCUGGACAGGCUGGAGCGCAGAGCGUGGGACAGACGUCACUCUGCUGAUGUUCCACGUCAGAACCACGAUUCCUACCUCCUCCACAACCAGCGCCAGUGGCUCUCCCUGCGGGUGCACAGAGGUUGGGGUGCCCUGCGGGUUCCCUGGGAUGGACCUUGAUCUGUUCUUGCGACUUCAUUCCGGAGUGAUCAGCCUUGUCCCAAAGGGCAUGUUGGUAUGGAGGGGGAGAUGCCAUGCUGCUCUAUCUAAUGCUGGUGCCACCCGAGCAGUGUGCCCCCUUUCCAUUAGUAGCUUUUUCCUUAUUUAUUGAUUUGGGCCUAAAUGUCUCUAUUUUAAUAAUGACAUAUUUUUAUAUA